AUGUCUAAAGUACUGGUUAUUGGAGCAGGCGGGGUAGGGGUUAUCGCUGCGCUCUCAUUAUGGUUUAAGCGUGAAAGUGACAUUUCCCUAGUUGUUAGAUCAGAUUACGAUAAGGUAUUGAAGCAUGGUUACACGAUCGAAUCAUGUGAUUAUGGCCACUUAGAAGGUUGGAAGCCAGAUCACGUCUACAGUACUGUCGAGGACGCUGCGGCGGACGCAAAUAACAAAGGAUACGACUAUGUUGUAGUAACUACUAAGAAUAUCAUAGACGGGCCUGCUGACUCUAGAGUCCCCAACAUCAUUAGGCCCGUACUUGAGAAAAACAAGAAGCUACAUGGAGCACAGUUGACCACCCACAUUUUGCUGAUACAGAAUGGCAUCGAUAUCGAGAAGGAAAUUUGGGCGGAAUUCCCCAGUGAGGAGUACAAAUACACGGUGCUUUCUGGUAUUCAGUUGAUAGGAUCCACCAAGAUUGGGGCUGGACAUAUCAGCCAAAUCGGCAAAGACCACUUAUCAUGUGGGGCCUUUGAUCCACAGGACACCGCUGCUGUCCACGCAGCGAACGAAUUUGUUAGGAUGUACAACAACGAGGGGCACAACUUUGUCGAAUUCGAUCCCAGGGUUCGUUACUCUCGAUGGAAGAAGCUGCUCUACAAUGCUGCUAUCAACACAUCCACAGCACUCGUAGGUUUAGAUGUUCCGCGUUGCCUAGAAUUUGGAGUCGACAAGAAAAGCACCGAAAGUGAACUGUUCCAUCCUGCCAUGAGGGAAAUCAUUGCCAUUGCAGCAAGCGAGGGCAUUAUUAUCGAGGAGGAGUUCAUAACAAUGUUCACGGAGAUCACGAGAAAAAAAGUGUUCAAGCCAUCCAUGUGUGUGGACCGCGAAAAGGGCCAGCUCAUGGAACUAGAAGUCAUUUUAGGCAAUCCCAUUAGAAUCGCCAAGGAGAAUGGCGUCCCCACACCUACUCUUUCUAUGCUUUACAACCUGCUUGUGCUAGUGCAGGCCAAACUAAAGGAACAGAAAGGCCUGUUGAAAUUUGAUGAAGUAACCGCUAGUCUCUUAGACAAGUAG